CCGUUUGCCAGUAACUCGACUCCACUCCGACACGACACUGCUGUGUGUAUCUCGCGAGCCAGAUACGCACGGGAUUUUUAUAUAAUAUUUUAAUUGUGCUGGCAAAAGAAAAUUGUUUCUCCAAAAUACUGGUGAAAAUAGUUUCCGAGCUCGGUAGUAUUCGUUAGUAGAUGAGAUAUAUGAGAUAAGAUUCGAUCGUUUUGAGUGCCAUUUGCAGAGUGACGAAAACAGAGAGAAAAUAGAACACUGAUUCUGACGAAAGCGUUACAAAGAUUUGAGACUCAGUAUAGACAUCAAUCCACAUGUACUGGACUAAUGCGAAUCUAGACAAUACGUGUGAUUGAAGGAAACUAAAAAAAAAUCCAAAGAUGGCUGACCACGACCAAAAACAUACAUACAUUUCUCCGGGAAUCUCCAGGGAACGAAGCUUUAUCCGAACUUCAAACCAGCAGGUAAUGGACAUGAACGCCAACAAGAGACGCAGCCUGGCCUUCACCCAGAGCCAGGCGAUGCAACAUGCCCAACAACAACAGUUGCGUGGUAAGCCACCGAUGGAAAUCUAUCGUCCACCAAAUGUUCGCAUGGAUGGACUUCAGAACAAGCUCAACGUGCAUGCGCAGGAGUUUCAGAUGAACAACCUACCCGACGGUCGCAUACCGUUGCACAAUUCCAGAUCUCUCAACAUUUACAGCAGCUCCUUGCAGCACUCGAAAUCGAACGCCAGCAUGCCGCUGAACAUGCAUCCUCGAGCACAUCAAAUGCAACUGGGCAACAUCGGCAGUCCUCAACGGGGACCGAUCAUGAUGUCUACCCAUCCGAUGCAGCACGCCGGAGUACAGCUGCAGUCCUCCCAUAUGCCAUUGGUUAACUCGCCGUCCAGCGGAAACAUUCUGCACUCUGGACCACGAGUUAAAUUCGCUCCGGAGCCUAUGGUACACGCAAACAACAGCUUCCAAGCACAAAACAACAGCAACACAUCCACCAACCAACAACUAUCACCAUCCGCCAUGUAUCAACAACAGAGCAACAACAACAACAACAAUCCCAUGAACCUUGCACCUUUACAGCGUUCCAAGUCACUCUCGUCCGCGGACACGUUGACGCGUGGAUUGGCUGGGUUGGGACUUGCCGUGGGACCGGAAGCCAACGACAUUGGUCAGUUUUCGCCGGAGAUACAGCUAAUCCUUGCCAAAGCGGUCGAAGAUCCGAACCAGUUGAACGCUCGCUGCCUGAUGGAGCUGGCCAUGCAGCUGAUGCAUCGUGCGGUGGAUGGGCGAAGAUACGCACUUCCAAUUUCUCGACUGUGCAUUUCGAUUAUUGCUAAAGAACAAAAGGAAACACUUUUGGAAGCUUUGCUGAACACGUGCCGCCAGUGGUACCAAGAACGUGACAAGGUCCUAGGCCCACCGAUGAAUCUUAAAAAUCCAUCUCGACCACGUUUCACGGCAUUUAUGGCCUUCCUGACGGAGAUGUUCUGUCAGCUGAAGCGUCGUCAGCUGCAACUUCGUACGGAAUGCGACGGUGUACCACCACCGAUCGUGCUGCUGACCGUUCUAGGUAAAUGCUGUGAGGAUUGCGUCAAACCACCUGUUCGAUCACUUUCGGAGAUCGAAUGCCUCUUCUUCGUGCUGACCUGCAUUGGACGCGACCUGGAGACACAUCUUCCACAGCAACUGGAAACCCUGCUGGCCGGAGUUCGCGACGCUUUCCUGAACUCAUCCGCAUCGGCUCCGGCCAUCCGCCGUACGUUGUUGCAGCUGAUCGAACUUCAAGCGUCCAGAUGGCAACUGCCAGGCAACACCGUACUGUACUACUAUCCAUCAUCAAAAUAGAUGGCACCUGCGCGUGUACACCGGAUAACGAAUGGAUUGAUGGACUGCCAGUCUGGUUGAUUUUCGCACGCGAAGUUUCCUACCAAAAUUCAUUGAAAUCUACUAACCAUGGCAUCGACGCAGGUGUUGGAGAAUGGAGAAAACGUCGAACCAAACGAACAAAAAAUAUAUCGAACAGUAGAAAAAGAGAACGAAACACACUGGAAGUGAAGCUACAAAACAAAAACGACACGAUCAGACUACAUUCCAUCAAAACACUAACAUUUUGAAGGCAAAGGAAAAGUUAGUAAUUGUCAUGUUAACCUUUUUGAACAGAAUGCAACAAUGGUCAACUUUUAGCUUUAAGGGACAUUGAUUUUUACGAACUCCUGAAACUGAAAAUUAUUUUCUUAAAAAAAAAACGAAAUUAAUCCUGUUGUGUUUAAACGAAACGAUUUUAGAAAUUUAGAUACAUUAACAAAAAUGAAAAUUACGGAACUAAUCUCUGGAAAAAAAUCUAAAUGUAAUGAACUAGUCAUUUCUGUAUUAUAUUGUUUAGAGUACCCAAAUAUUGAAUCUGUUACAUAAAUUAGAUAGAAAAUAACGUUUAAAAAUUCAUGAAAAACAAACAAUGACUGACUAACAUCCUCGUGUUGCAUCACUACUUGAUAAUUUCAUUAUGCAUCAGAAAACGCACCGCGAAAGCUCUAGAUAUGUAGGUACCGUGUUGUGGUACCAGUGCACUUGUACAAGGCAUGUCUAUAAUGUAAUGUAACCCUUCGGCCCCUCGCCGGUGAUGAUAAGAAAGGCCCUCAGGGUAGUUAAAUUAUUUAACUUAUUAUUCAGAUGCAUGGUUUAGCAAAUUAGAUUGAAAAUUGAUGACAAUGGAAAAGGUAGACAGCAGAAAUACUAAUUUCAUAAUUACGUGAGAAACUUGGUUGUACAUGCUGUGAAAGGAAGGAAACUAUGCACUGUCAUUUAACGAAGAAAAAAAUAAAAACAAUUAGGAAUGAUGAAUGGCACAGUAGGUAUGUGCUUAAUGGGCUCUGAACCAAUCAGUGGAUGUAUUUUAAGUGCAGUUUGUGCAUCUAUGUGUCAUAAUGAGAUUUUUUUCUAGGAAAUAAAUAGUUACGUGAUCUA